UGACAUCCGUUCUUCAUUAUCCGUUUCAUUAUUCCCCGCUCUAGCUGCAUACAACAACAUGGGAAGCCCCGCGGGAGCAGCCGUCAACGUCGAGCAGCUUAGGGCCUGCAAGCGGGAACUUUUUGACUACAUUAACAGCCGAGGAUGCAAUCCCAUUAUGGUCCGCCUUGCCUGGCAUGAUAGCGGCACUUACAAUAAGGAAAUAGCGGAAUGGCCGGCCCGUGGCGGUGCAAAUGCAUCCAUUCGCUUCAAGCCAGAAAUUGACCACGGCGCAAACAGCGGCCUUUCGGUUGCGCUGACUCUCUUGGAGCCUAUCAAAAAGAAGUACCCCGACGUUUCCUACGCGGACCUGAUCCAGAUGGCCUCCGCGGUGGCGAUUGAGGCUGCCGGAGGUCCGCAGAUCCCCCUGCGCUACGGCCGGCGGGAUGCCACCGGCCCCGAGCAGUGCUCGCCGGAGGGCAACUUGCCAGGCGCUGCCCACCCCUUCCCCGACGGCAGCCCCUCCCCCGCCGCCCACCUGCGUGCCGUGUUCGGCCGCAUGGGCCUCACCGACCGGGAUAUCGUGGCGCUCAGCGGCGCGCACACGCUGGGGCGGGCGCGGCCGGACAGGAGCGGGUUCGGCAAGGAGCAGACGCGCUACACUGCCGUGGGUCCCGGCCCCUCCACCGCCAGCCCCCGCUGCGCCCACAGCGCCAAACCCCGCGGCUUCUUCGGCUUUUCGGGAUGCGCCGCCGCCAGCGGUCCGCCGCUGCGUCCGGUGACGCCGCGACCCACGGGUCAGACGGGUCAGAGCUGGACCGUCAACUGGCUGGAGUUCGACAACUCCUUCUUCAGGGAGGUGCAGAAGGCCAAGCGGGAUGCCGAGCUGCUGGUGCUGCCCACGGAUGCGUGCCUGUUUGAGGACGAGGGGUUCAGGCCCUAUGCCGAGCAGUACGCAGCCGACCAGGCGGCUUUCUUCGCGGACUACUCCGAGUCGCACCGCAGGCUGUCGGAGCUGGGAGUGGAGUGGGUGGCGGGGGGGCCGGUGAGCAUCUGAGAGGGGGAGGAGCGGCUGUGCGGCAUGCAAGCAGCUGGAGUGCAGUGGGUAUAAAGGAAACUGGCAGCGAGUCGGAACGUGUGUAUAGUCGGAAUGUGUGUAUGUGAGCGAGAGGAGUAGGGCAGCCAGGCGCCUGCGAGAGGGUGGGAUCAGCAUCCACUUCAUAUGCUCACCCAGCGUUUCUAUCUUACUUCGUUUUUUCGAAAAAAUUCUGAAAAUGGCACAUUUCAUAAGGCAAAAAAUGACCAAAAUCGUCAACGUUCUUUGAGCUUUUUCAGGGCUGGUAAUCGUAGAGCCUUACGAUGAAACUUUGCCAAACAUGCUCGAGAUCGUGGGAUCAACGCUCACAUUUUUGCCUCACGGUCCGAAACCCGGAGCCGGAGGCACGCGCCGAGCCUGCCCAAUUCAGUUUUUCCCAGCCUCCAAUGGCACAGACAGGGCACAGAUACCUGGUUUUGUGGGCUCAACCUUUUGUUGUUAUGGUUAUGGCUAGAGCGGCAUAACGGGAACCUGGCUGAGCCAAACCAUGCUAAAAGUUAGGAGGGGUAGCUUGUGCAUGGCAGGGUUUGGGCACAUACACCGCACGAGUAUCGGGAACAUUGCACAACCCCCACUAGGGAAAAACAAGUAAGGCAACUUGUUACCAACUUGCUGCACCCCUGACCUCCCAUAUGUUAGCUGGUUGGGUACAUGGAACUUCUACGCCACACAUGGCCAAUGCACGUAUACUGCUACCUAUACCUUUGCUUAUUGUUCCUUUCUAACCAAAGCUGUGAAGUAAUGAAAAUGUAGGGGGACAUCCGUUAACACUCUUACAUGGCAGUCCUGCAUGCGGGGGGCCCCUGGGAGCAG